UUGCAUCAUGUCAUCCAACUGGUUUGUUUCAGUGGCGUUCCUGUUCAACUGGAUCGGGUUCCUGUUGCUGAUGUGUUUCUGCCACACGGUGGCGAGCCGCUACGGCGCGCUGGCCGGGUUCGGUCUGUCGCUCGCGAAGUGGACGCUCAUCGUGAAGCACUCCACGGAACUCGCCUCGCACGAGAACUCCUGGCUCUGGUGGCUGAUCAUGGCUUUCGGUAUACUGAUCUGCGUGCGCAUCAUCCAGUACCUGAACAUCAAGCGCGGCUGGCGGCUGCUGUCGGGCACUGCGCAGGAGCGACUGCUCUUCUUCUACUAGACGCCUCGGGGUGACACGCCGGGCGAAUGGACGGGUUAGGGUGACCAUACGGCAUUACGGCAAAAUCACUUAUAAAC